AGAGGGGCAGGAAGAAGAAAGAUUGUAUAUAAAUAGUAAAGGCGCAGUUAGUGGUUGGAUCGGAGGGAGGCAACCAAAUCUUGAUAAUAGAAAAAAUGGGAAGGUCUCCCUGUUGUGAUGAGAGUGGUCUCAAGAAAGGUCCCUGGACCCCUGAAGAAGAUCAAAAGCUUAUCAAAUACAUCCACAAACAUGGCCAUGGCAGUUGGAGAGCCCUCCCCAAGCUUGCUGGUCUUAACAGAUGUGGGAAGAGUUGCAGAUUAAGAUGGACUAACUAUUUAAGGCCAGAUAUUAAGAGAGGAAAAUUUUCCCAGGAAGAAGAACAAACAAUUCUCAAUCUCCAUUCAGUUCUCGGCAACAAAUGGUCAGCAAUUGCGAGCCACCUGCCUGGACGUACUGAUAACGAAAUCAAGAAUUUCUGGAAUACCCAUCUCAAGAAAAAGCUUAUCCAGAUGGGUUUUGAUCCUAUGACUCACAGGCCUAGAACCGAUAUCUUCUCUACCUUGCCUCAUCUUAUAGCUCUGGCAAAUCUUAAGGAGCUUAUAGAUCACCACUCAUUGGAAGAACAUGCAGUGAGACUACAAGCAGAAGCUGUCCAAACGGCUAAAUUCCAAUACUUGCAAUAUCUCCUUCAAACUCAACCUCAGCCUUCGGCUUCUGUUGUGACAAGCUCAAACAAUAUAGCCUCCACUACAACGAGCACUUUCAGUGAUAUGGAAACUUAUAAUCUUUUGAACUCACUCGUUUCAAUUAAGGAUAGUCCAGUUUCAAGUUCAAUUACCCAGUUGGAUUUAUCAUCAACGACCUCUCUUCCAGGUCUUACUGAUUCUAUCCCUUUCUCUCAUUUACCUGACUUACAAAUCCCUUGCAGCUAUCAAACACCACUGAACAAGAACACAAUUGAUCAAGCUAAUGCUCCUGAGUUUACAGUGUUCAGCCAAGGAGAUAACUCUCCAAACUCUCUUUGGCUUUUUUCAUCUUCAUCAACUCCAUCUCCUCCUUCGGUUGCUCCUCCGCUUGUUACACAUACUACUUCUUCCAUCAACACUAUGGGGGAUACUUCUAGCACUACUAUAUCCAGCUAUGGAGGUGAAGCUUCUACAGUUUGGCAAGACCUUCUCCUUGAAGAUCCUUUGUUUCAUGAGAUUGCUUAGCUUUUUUAGAUAUGUGUGAAAAGGUUUGGAGUUGAUUGCACUACCACUUCACUGUGUAAUACCACAACAUUUUUUUUUUUUAUCUAUAUUCUGUUCACCAUAUACAUAUUUGGUACACAUUAACACACUGCCUACACUCAAUAGAAUUGCAUGUUCUUGUUUAA